AUGAAUGGAAUUUCUGGAAUGCUGUGUACAGCACCACGCUUCUGCUGCUUUUCUGCUGCUCCCGCCGCCGCUGCCACCUCCGCAGCCGCCGCCGCCGCCGCCUCCAGCCGUCACACGGACUCUGUUGCUAGCACGGGGGGCCACGCGCUCACGAAUCUGAACAUUAACUGCACAUCCCCGAACUCGAAAGCGCUGUUUGACUCCUGGUUUAAACGAGGGAUCAGUGAAAACUUUAUAGUACCAGGAACCAAAUGGUGCGGGCCCCACCAGACUGCGACCCGAUACGGUGAGCUGGGGCCGUUGUCUCUGAUGGAUCGUUGCUGUCGGCGGCACGACAACUGCAAGACCAACAUCCCGGCUUUUACCAACAAGUACAACAUGUUCAACUUGCGUCCUUUCACCAUCAGUCACUGCCACUGUGACACCAGGUUCCGGACGUGCCUCAAGAUGACGAACACGGCGGCGGCCAACCUGGUGGGCAAGCUGUUCUUCAACGUGGUGCAGACCAAGUGCUUCGUGCUGAAGCCGCGCAAGGUGUGCCUGCGCAUGUCGUGGUGGGGCAAGUGCGAGAAGUACGGCGUGCGCAAGCAGGCGCACCUGCGGAACAACGUGCCGUACUGAGGAGCGGGCGCCGCAGCACGCCGCGCGGGGAAGACGGCUAAGCGGGAGAAGCGCCACGCGGGGAAAAUGCCGCGCGGGUAAACCGCCGGUCGGUUAAAGCGUCGAUCUGCUAAACCACUGAUGUGUUAAACCAUCGAUCUGUUAAACCACCGAUCGGUUAAACUACUGAUCGAAUAAAACACGAUCGGUUAAACCGUCGAUCUGUUAAACCACCGAUCGGUUAAACCGUCGAUCUGUUGAACCACCGAUGUGUUAAACCAUCGAUCUGCUAAACCAUCGAUCUGUUAAACCACCGAUCGGGUAAACUACUGAUCAAA